AGAAGUGAUGCACCGGAAGUGAUGGUCUCGCUCUUUCUGAUGGAACCAGAUCGUGUCUCGUGGCUUCUCUCGUGUGUUCUCUCGCUACAUCCAUGGUCCUCUCUCGGUGUUCCUGAGGAAGUGUGUGUGCACAGCUGAUCCAUCCAUCGUCUGUGUGUCUGGAUGAACCUCUGACUUUGUGCUCUUUCUUCUGAAGCCUCUAGCUCGGACUCUAGAAGCUAGCUUAGCAUGCUAGCUGGUAACACGCUAGCAACACAGAGUGAGAGAAACGGGAAGUGGUGAUUUAGUAAACAUGAGUGUUGUGCUGCUCUCGUUGGUGAAGCAGCGACUCACUGCGGCUGCUGAAGACAUCUUUGUUCUGUUUGAAAGAACGAUAGCAAAGUACGAGGAGGAACUGUCUCGUUCAAAACAGGAGAACGAGAGACACCGGAAACUACUGGACGCUGUUUUACAGCCUCAGCUUCAGAUCCACAGAGCAGACGUCCAGCAGCUGGUGGUGGUUGAAGAAGAGGUUCCCCCUGAGCAGCAGGAGUGGAGCUCCAGUCUGGACCAGGAGGACCCAGAGCCCCCCCCACACAUUAAAGAGGAACAGGAGGAACUCUGGAGCAGUCAGGAGGGAGAGCAGCUUCAAGGGCUGGAGGAGGCUGAUAUCACCAAGUCCACAUUCACUCCUGUCCCUGUGAAGAGUGAAGAUGAUGAAGAGAAACCUCAGUCCUCUCAGCUUCAUCAAAGACAAACUGAACACCUGGAAACAGAAGCUGAUGGAGAGGACUGUGGAGGACCAGAACCAGCCAGGAACUCAGAUCCAGAGAGACAUUUACAACCAGAGACUGAGGACAACCCUGGAGACUCUUCUGAACCUGACACUGAAGACAGUGCUGAUUUGAAGGAGACCAGAGAACCAGGUUCAAACCCUCAGAAAAAUAAACAAAACCCUGUCAGUGAUUCAAGACGUAGUGCAGGAGAGAAAGCAUUUGGCUGCUCUUUGUGUGAGAAAACGUUUACACAGAGAGGACAUUUAAAUCGACACAUGAGAAUCCACUCAGGAGAGAAAACAUUUGGCUGCUCUUUGUGUGGGAAAGAAAUUCGCAGCAAGUCAAAUCUAAAAGUACACAUGAGAAUCCACACACGAGAGAAACCAUUUAUCUGCACAAUUUGUAAGAAAUCUUUUGCACAGAGAGGAGAUUUAAAGAAACACACGAGAGUCCACACAGGAGAGAAACCAUUCAGCUGCUCAAUUUGUAAGAAAUAUUUUUCACAGGGAGGAGAUUUAAAGAAACACAUGAGAAUCCACACAGGAGAGAAACCAUUUAUCUGCCCAGUAUGUAAGAAAUAUUUUGCACAGAGAGGAACUUUAAAGAAACACAUGAGAGUCCACACAGGAGAGAAACCAUUCAGCUGCUCAAUUUGUAAGAAAUAUUUUGCACACAGAGGAAAUUUAAAGAAACACAUGAGAAUCCACACAGGAGAAAAACCACUCAGUUGCUCAGUCUGUGAGACAUCGUUUGCACAGAUAGCAGAUUUAAAGGAACACAUGAGAAUCCACACAGGAGAGAAACCAUUCAGCUGCAGAGUGUGUGACAAAAGAUUCACCCGGAGAUAUCGGGUCAAAAUCCAUAAGUGUGUUGGUCGUCAGUCCUCACAGCUUCAUCAAACUCAAACUGAGGAGAACAGAGAGGCAGAGCCUCCAGCCAGUAGCUCAGCUGAACACAUGGAAACAUAAGCUGGUGGAGAGGACUGUGGAGGACCAGAACCAGCCAGGAACUCAGAUCCAGAGAGACAUUUUCAACCAGAUACUGAGGACAACCCUGGAGACUCUUCAGAACCUGAGACUGAAGACAGUGAUUAUUAUUAGGUUUAAACUCUUUGAGUUAGUCCCAGUAAGUGUGUAUAACGUGAUACCUGCUCUGAGUGUGAUAAAACAUCAUUGCUCUAAGUCGAGUCUGAAUGUGCAUUAAAACAAAUAUUAAGCACAGAAA